GUACACAGCAAGAGAGACUGGAAACUGAUUGCAGAUCCAGUAGCUACACUUAGCUUGUACUAUGCUCUGAUACAACAUAAGAAAGGUUUUGUAGCUACAUGUCCUGAUAUAGAUAUGAAACUUGUACAGUUUAUCAGCCAGUGACAAGUCUUCAGCAGCCAAUCACAAGUCUGCACUGAGGAUAAAGUAUCAUCCCAUAACAAUUCUCAUUUAUACUCCGGGAAUCUGGCGGAAGCGCUGCACAGUCCUGAGAAAUGGGGUCUCUGAUGAAAGGAAUUAUACUGUGCUGCCUCGCACUGGGGUCGCUGGCAGCAGGGAAGGAAAAGGAUAGGCCCAUAGUGGACACACAGUACGGGAAACUCAGAGGGAAGACGUUAGCGGUGAAGGAAGCCGACAGAACUGUGGACGCUUUCUAUGGGAUCCCAUUUGCAAAGCCACCAGUUGGCCCAUUAAGACUGGCAAGACCAGAACCCCCAGAGCCCUGGGGCUCCAUCCGAGAAGCCUCUGAAAAUCCUCCCAUGUGUCUGCAGAAUCUAGAGAUCUUGGGUCAACUACUACAGAUGAUUAAGAUGAAAGUUACCUUCCCCCCAGUGUCUGAGGACUGCCUGUACCUGAAUAUCUUCUCUCCAGCCGACCGAGGGCAGAGUGCGAGAUUACCUGUGAUGGUGUUUAUACACGGAGGCGGUUUGGUGUUGGGAGGGGCGCUGCUGUAUGAGGGCUCAGCAAUGAGCGCCUUUGAAAAUGUUGUUGUUGUUUCUAUCCAGUAUCGAGUGGGACUCAUGGGUUUCCUCAGUUCUGGUGAUAAACAGUUACCGGGAAACUACGGAUUCUUCGAUCAGGUGGAAGCACUCCGGUGGGUUCAGAGAAAUAUUGCAGAUUUCGGAGGUGACCCCAAGUCCGUCACUAUAUUUGGAGAGUCUUCUGGAGGAGCUAGUGUCUCUGCCCUGGUGUUAUCUCCCUUAGCCAAAGGCUUGUUCCACAGAGCCAUUUCAGAGAGCGGAGCAGCCCUCAUGCCAGGAUUGAUGGCCAAAUCAGUCCAGGAAGCUACUUCUAUCAGAAACGUAAUUGCGGAUGUGGCCGGCUGUGACCAGAACAAGUUGCUGGAUUGUUUCAAGACAAAAACUGCAGAAGAAAUCUUGUCUAUAGGUUCUAAACUGCAAUUGGCGGUUCUGCCCGCAAGUAUAGACGGGACAUUUCUUCCUAAGCCUGCAGAACAGAUCUUGGCUGAUAAGGAGAUUAACCCCGUUCCGUUUUUGGCUGGCAUGUCGGAGCAGGAGUGUGGAUGGAUCUUUGUAUUGGCCAUGAAUAUUAGUGACGUUAUAGACGGAAUGGACAGAGAAACUGCCCACAAAGUGCUAAAAAAGGUCCCCCUUCUGAGUCCUUUGUCUGGUGCUGCUUCCCUGCUGCUAGAUGAAUACCUGGGGGAUGUCACCGAUCCCGCUGAAAUCCGCGACCGCUUCCUUGACAUGUGCGGAGACUUCCUUUUUGUGAUGCCAGCACUUAAGACUGCUAAAUAUCACAGAGAUGCCGGGCAGCCAGUCUACUUCUAUGAAUUCAAACACCGUCCGUCAUUCUAUAAGGAUUCUAGACCAGACUUUGUGAGAGCCGACCAUGGAGAUGAGCUGUACUUCGUGACAGGAGCGCCCUUCCUGACAGAGAAUCAGCUGUUCACAGAUGAGCCGGAGGAAAAAGAGAAGGUUCUGAGUAAGAGAAUCAUGAAAUAUUGGGCCAACUUUGCCCGCACCGGCAACCCCAAUGGUCCGGGCCUCACCCACUGGCCUCAAUACAACAAAGAAGAAGGGUAUAUGAAGAUCAAAAUAAAACUAGAGUCUGGCAAAAGAUUGAAAGCGGAUAAAUUCAAAUUCUGGACGACAACCCUUCCUGAGAAAGCCCGGGAGUUUCUGAAGGAAGAGGAACCCCGUUCUGAGCUGUAGAGUUCCACAGAUGAUCCCCGAGAAAGAACGUGUUUACGAACGCUUUAUGAGGAGAAUAUGCAGACCAUGGCCCUAACAUAUUCCAGCUCUGCUCUGCAUGGAGAACACAUCAGGUCUCAGGUUCUAGAUCCUGGCUCUGUGUAACAUAGAACCCACCUUGAAUGGAGCCGUAGUAACAGAAGUGCUUCCUACAAAUACUCAAUAAAUGCUUCACUCGAUUGAUGGUACAACCAUAAGUAUUGAUAAUGUGACAAAUCAUCAAAUAACUCAUUCAUUAAAGCGAAAACUAUUUUUA